GAUGGAUUCAGUACCUACAACGCUAACCUGUCCUAUAAAUUUAAUUUCUCUCCAGCUGUCGCUAAAACUCACUAGAUUCAUAGGAAAUAUUUUCUUUGACUGACCACAAUAUUUUGUGAAAGAAAUUUGAGACGGUUUCUCAGUAAAAACAAGCUAAAACUCAUUCAAUUGGCUGAUUGAAGUGGAAGUAUAUUGGUUAAUAGAGCAGGCGCUGCGCGCCAUGCUUAGAGGUGUUGCUACUUAACUAAGAAAUGAACUGUAGGGAGUAUUCCUUCUCUUUUGCCUUACAAGAUCCAGAAGUUCCGGAAAUUGUCUCAGCUCUGUUUCAUACCAUUCUACUACACAGGACCUUACCAACACUUGAUUUUAAAGGAGGAGCGGUUAGCUACAAUUCGUAUCUUGGAAUUCGAGAUGUAGAUUGCAAACACGUUGACUUGACUUAUGUGUGUGUAAAUUCUAGUCAACUUAUAGAGAAAGUAUCUUCUGCGGUGUCAGCGUUUACCGAAGCUUUGCGACGUGAUAGCUAUUCAACUAAUAUUAAUGGUGAAGUCCGCGGUGCAAUUAACCUUGAAUUUGUGGUUAAUAGAAAAGGAGGUUGGUUAGGACCAGAGGCUUCAGUUUGGGAACGUUGGAUUGUGAAUGUCUGUUUAAAGACUAUUAAUGCAAAUGACAAAGAAGCGUAUCGUUGUCAACUUAGCAGUCAGCUAAGAGAUGAAUUAUGUACAAUUCUUGAACAUUUCAAUUCUCCCUCAGCGUAUGCUCCAUCUUUGGGUAGUUCACAGGCGGAAACAGAGCAUAUUAUUGACUUCUCAAUGUCUGGAAUAUCACCUUAUCGUUUCAAUAUAAGCCACCUUACUACAUCAGGUCAGAAUCGUUCCGGUGUGAGUGUCACUAUGAGACGGAUAUUUAAAGAUGUUAGACUUUAGUAGAAAAUUUAUCAAGGUUCAUUGUUUCUAUCAGUUUUAUUAAGCAAUAUGCACCAAGAAUUUUAUGUGCUUAUAUAAUGCAUUUUGACAUUUGACUGACUUGUAGUCAUACACUUGUAUGCUAUCAUCAUGUAAAGUUGUGCGUCUGCUAAUUUUCAGUGACUUUUCUGUUAAUGUUCUCUUUUAUUAUGAGAUAAUAUAAUUCUUAUUAUCACUGAAUUGUACAUGCAUAUAUAUAUAUAUAUAUAUAUAUAUAUAUAUAUAUAUGAUUUCCUUUAAACGUAUGUGUUAUGCUAUGAUACAUUAUGGAAAACGAUGUAUGGUUUAGUUGUUAAGCCGUUUAACUUUGACUUAGUGUAACAUAAAUUUAAGUCUCAUUGUGCUUAAUUUGGGUUUGAUAAAGCCUAAAAUAUUAUCUUAUACUUUAUGGAACAGGUUUGUUUUAAAUGAUAACAUAUGUACUCAUAAUUGCUAGUUAGUUAAGUUGCAUUUAUUUCAUGUUUGAC